ACACAACUCACAAGGCCUAUGAUUGUUACAAAACUUAUACUAACCAUAACCAGGGGGUUAUGGACUCUUGUUACUAUAACUAUAAGUAGUGUCGUGAGCGAUAGGACUAUUGUAGUAUGAGAAGCUGCAUGGUCUAUCAAAAUGUGAGCAAAGAAAAGUGCUGGUAGAGAUCUUCACGUAGAUCUAUGUAGUGCAGUCGUAUCGUGUCGACUGAAUGAUUUUUUUCCUAGUGAUCCAUGGUGCAUUGGGACUUGACGACGUGCAUGCCGCUUUCCGAUAGGACGGAGAUGACAGCAGCGCACGCAGCGGCCUGCAGAUUCCGGUUCGCGACGCUAUCACAGAAUCACCUCACGUACACCCGGCCAACACACGGACAUGGCUGAGAGCCCCGUGAAGACAGACCCUUUAUCACCGGCUGGAAUGACGAGUCUGAGCUGUGAAGAGAAUGCUGUUUCAAACACGAUCAAAGUUGGCGGGGACUCUAGCGAGCCACUACUGAACCACAUGGACUAUGUGGACGGUGACAGAAAUCUCCACGCAUCGGCGGGAAAUGCGGUCGCCUCCCGGGAACCCUGCAUUGCCGACAUGACGCGCACGCGCAGGGGAGUAAUGACGUUCUUCGUGUGCUUGGCCGUCGUGACCAGCUGCAUCAACCUCUCGCAGCUGGGCCCGUUCCUGUUCAGCGCCGCUCUGGCCAGGCACCCUGGCGGUGGCGCAGGCUAUCACACCGCUAUCGGCGCCAUCUUUAGCAUGGUGCAGAUUGGCGUAGUCGUAUCCAGUCCGUUCAUCACCCACGAUCUCCCAAACAUCGGCAGUAAACAGCUGCUGGUUCUGGCCGGGUGCGUGCACGGCGUCUUCUCCAACCUCUUCUCGUCACUCCACUGGAUUCGCGACUGGAAGGUGUUUCUGGCCUACGCGUACGUCAUGCGUUUCGUGCAGGGGAUGGCGUUUGCGGCCACCACCAUCGGUGCGCAGACUUACCUGACACGCAUUCACCCCAGCAACCUGGGCCUGGUCAACUCCCUGAUGAUCAUGAACAUCGCGCUGGGUGACGUAAUCGGCGUGGUGCUCUCCGGGGGUCUGCACGACAUCGGUGGCUUCCCACUUCCGUUCUACGUCACCGGAGCCAUUGCCUUGCUGGGGGCCGUAUGUCUUGCACUGAUCGUAUUCGACAUGGAUAGGCUGCUGCCCGCAGAGCAGGUCGCCGAUGGCAAGACAGGCAGCGUCGUGAGUAUUAGCCGUGUGCUCCGCGUCCCAUGGAUAUGGUUUUUAAUUCUGCAGGUCGUUGCGUCGAACUUUGCCUUCAGUUCUGUCGCGGCUCUGCUGGGUUAUUACAUGAAGUCUGAGUUUCAUGUGCAGUCUGUUAUCAGAGGUUUAGCUCUUGGCUCGCAGGUAUUUUUCCAGUUCGUGUCAGCACCCGUUGUGGGCAAACUGACCGACCGUGGCUUCAACUGCUACUUGCUGGUGCUGCUCGGGCUACUGCUGAGCGUCGCCGGAUGUCUGCUUAUCGGACCGUCGGCGUUCCUGCACUUGCGCCCGUCUCUGGUGCUGGUGGUUGUCGUGACAAUACCGCUGGGCGCGGGGCAUUCCCUGAUGGCAGUGGCCAGCCUCGUUGCCAUGACGCAGCACCUGGAGAUGAUCGGAGUGGGCAGUACCGUGGAUACACGGUUUGCCGUGGCCGGCCUGGCUCGGUUUUUCCUGUCCGCGGGCUACGGUAUGACUCCGUUGGUGAUGAGCCCGCUGGUGGCCGUCCUAGGCUUUCCGGCCGCCUUCACCAUCCUGGCGUUUGUGUACCUCGCCUUGGCUGGCCUCCUCGUCGUGCUCAAGUGGCUCGAUAUCAUCGUCGGAAAGCUGAAGUUGCGCUUCCUCUUGUGCUGUGCUGAUCAGCACAGUGCAGCUGCUAUGGCAGAGCCUGCCGGAAAUCCAUUCGGUGAUGGCACGGAACUGCAGCCACUGAAGCACCACUGAAAGACUGCUCCCAUCAUCCCGUGGAGGCACUACAUGUAACUUAUGACUAGAACAGCUGCGAGUAUGCUAGGCCGAUUUAGUGUGUUGUAACUUUGAUAGAAACCUGGUGACAAGUUUGUCUGAGAUCGUUUCUGGAAUUUCUGGACACACAGCAAAUGUCGGAAUGUUUUCCAGAGAGAUUAGUGAUGUAGUACUUUUGACACUUGUGAUAUUUUGGGACCGCUGACCUGAAAUCAGAAACUUACUUGCAGGUGCUUGACAUGUUACGUAUGCAGGUGACAGAGGCUUGGUUGGGUGAGCAGCAUUUUUCUAAAGUCCCGUAGCGCGGAGAUGUUCUCAUCAGAGAGUCGUACAAUACCGGUAUUUUAAGACCUCCUGGUUCUCAUCAUGAAGAUUACGUGUGUAUCGGUGACUUUAUCUAUUCGAGCGAUGAAAAUGUACAAUUCGUAUUUCUUUAAAAUAUUCUGCACGAAAUAGAGGUUGCGACUUCGGCGAUGAUUUUGUUUAGAAAUAGCGAGAGCUCCAGUGUGGGAGCAAACCCAUUCAAUAUUCUAUAAUAGCAGUAUCCUUGCUAAGUUCACACAGUUACACACCAGUGACAACUACUCAAAAACGGUCUCUCAGCUACAAAUUCUGCACACCCUGAGAACGGUGAUAGCAGGAUUCUACAGUGAAAAUUAUAAAUUCCAAUAUUUUUCAUAGAAAGCCCCGAAUCCCUAGGAUAUUGCAGCUGCUGUGUUCUUUUACCUGUGUGUGUGUUAUCUAGGCUGUUUCUCGGUGCUGUUGUUGUUCAUCUUAGUUUUAAAAUCUUAUUCAUUCCCUCGCCUCCUUGCCUUCCUGUAAGCAGGCUAGAAAACUAUAGGUGAUUUUCAACUUCACCGCACGUCCAACUAGAAUCAGUCAUGAGCUCUGUGGGCAUUGAGCAAAGAGCG